AUGUUCAGCGCGCAUUACCUCGGUCUGAUGCGCAAUGCGUGGGAUGCCUGUCGCAGAGCACACUUGUCUAACAUUUCUUUCUCAAAGCCUGAGUCAGCCCGUCUACUCGACGAGGACCCUUAUCAAGCUGGAUAUGGCUACGGAGCACUCAACCAUGCCCACCAGGCCAGCCAGCCGGAUUCGGAAUAUGUGAGACGUGAAAGGGAGGCGCUGGAAUCAAUUUGCCAGCGGACAUCUGAUUCCGUCAUCGAUAUCUGGUCCAUCCAACCACAACCACACCUUCGACCCCAAGCAACUCUUCACACCCCUAUCUCUGCAUCUCCCGUUUCAUCCCAAAGAACUGACACAACAACACUUGUUACAUCCACUCAUCGCAAAUCACCGCCAAGCCGCCCCACCUCCGGCGCAUCAGGCACCGUACCAAAACACUGGGGUGAGGUUGUCGUGAAUCCGAAUAAGAAACGAUCUCGUACCGAUAUCAAAUCGGAUGCUAAGGCCAGCCAUGAUGUGUUUGGAGUUCUCAACGUCACCUAA